AUGAUAGAGGCACUUCAACAAAUUUUCCCUAAAGUCCGUAUAAUUGGAUGCCUAUUUCAUUUCAAACAAGCUUUACACAGGAAACUUGUAGCACUUUAUACAAAAAAUUUCAAUACUUUACAAAAUUCUUUAUUUAAGCUAUAUUCUAUUACUCCAUUCAUGUCUCAUGAAGAAUUUGUACUUACAAUGCAUAUAAUUAAUCAAAAUAAAGUUGAUUCGAUCAAAGAUUAUAUUGAUUAUUUCAACAAAGUUUGGUUGCCGCACUACAAUUUAAUAUCUCAAUAUAAUAAUGCAACUGCAAUAUUCACUAAUGAUUGCCUCGAGAGUAUGCAUUCAGAAUUUUCUUCGUUAAAACAUCCAAACAUUUAUGAAGCUAUUAAGAAGAUAUCUCAAAUCCAAUUAGAUAAAUAUAACGCCAUCAAAAAUAACCAGAAGAUCGAGCGCCAUAUAAAAACCGUUAUCACUGAUAGCUACAAAAAUUAUAUUCUUGACUGCUUUCAAAAAGAACUUGAGAAAACAAUUUUUUCUAUCAAACAAUACAACGUAAGUGA